CCAUCUGGUCCAGUUGUACCUUUGGAUACGUGUCGGCUUCUUCUCCCUCACGGUUCUACCUUGCAGCUCUCAUUGAGGUGCUUCAAGGUAAAGGAGUCAUUAGGUGGAGGCUGCAGCAGAUUAUAUAGCUUUGAAUGUUGUCUUGUGUGAUAGCUCAGGCUGAGAAUGACCUUUUGGGCUUUAAAUGGAACACUGAAAUAUGCUUUUGUUCUACUGGACUAAAGCCAUUGAAAUAUAUUACUGUUUCCAGCAUUGGAACUUAUAGCUGCAAUUCUGACCAGCACCAAGUGGGAAAGCUGCUUCCCAUGGCUGGAUUGAUUCAACAUUGUGUAGUUGAACCCAGUGUGUAGGUAUGAGUUAAAACUUCUGGAGCAGCGUUGGUAAUUGAGCAAGUGAUGCUUGUAAAAGCACAUGCUUUCAUUUAAUGAUGGGCCUUUGUAAAUAACAUAUGCCAUAGGAAUGACUCAGUAAAUGUGUUUGCUCUCUUAGGUGGUUAUACAUCAUGUCAAAGGGCAGUGAGGAACACUCAGCCAGCUUAACAGAGAUCUCUUGGUGAGCUACUGUAAAUUAACCCAUUCUGCAUGGGGUAACAUGCAUCAGUGUGGCCCCGUGGUAAAUUACAUCAGGGAAGCAGUCCAGGUUAUAAACAUGCAAGCAAAAUAGUGAGCUUCCUCUUAGGUCAAGCCUUCUUUCUUGUCUACCUCACAGUGAUGGAGAUCCUGCAUGUGCUGUCAGUGUAUUUACAAGGUACAGAAUCCAGUCUGAGUCUGGUUUCCCAAUAGGAUCCCACAGUGUUACUGCCUGCUGCCCCACCUGGCUGCUCACUGUUUCUGGUUACUGGGGAUUGUCUGGAGUGCUUGCUUGAUAGUUUGGGAUGUGGUUUUCUUGGUCCUGAGCACUUUCUUUGCCCCUUCCUUGGGGGUGUUUGAGGCCAGUUGGAUGGAGCCUGAUUUAGUGCCCAGCUGAGCAGCACUGCCCACAGCAGUGGGUUGGAACAGGGUGAUCUUUGAGUUUCCUUCCAGCCCAAACCAUCCCAUGAUUCCCUGAAGGCAAAGAUGAUUCAAGGGCUGGAGUGCUUCUCUAAAGAAAAGCUGAGAAAGUUGGAGUUUAUUUAGACAGAAGAAGGCUCUGGGGAGACCCCAUAGUCACAUUCCUGUACUUAAAGGAUGCCCACAGGAAAGAAGGGGAGAAAUUCUAUUGGGGGUGGGUAUUUUAAAUUAAAAACAGUGGGUUUAAGGGAGAAAUUCUUCACUCAGAAGGUGGUGAGGCAGCACAGAGAUGCUGUGGAUGCUCCAUCCCUGGAAAGCACCCAUGACCAGUCUGGUUGGACUGCUUGCUGUAGCUGAGGUCGUGACUCUCCUUGGCUUUUGCCCUUCCCGAUAAUCAGCGUGCUCUCUGACCCCGGGGCCCCUGCAGACAGAGCAGCAGUGACACCACCCCGCACAGGGCGUGCUGCUAUUGGGGCAGCUCUGCCGGCUCCCGCGGGGCUCCGAGCCGGGCGGGGCUGAUGCAGGUGUGCGGCCCCAGCUCCGCGUGGGUUCCGCGAGUCCGUGUCCGUGCCGCCGGCAGGUGAGGAGCCUCGCAGGCAGACAUCGACCGCAGCACGGCCCCUCGGUACGGCGAGAGGAAGGAAAUGCCGCUAUGAGGCUGCUCCUGAUAGCGUGCCUACGAGCGCAGACCGGCAACGCGACCACGGCGGCCAGAAUACAGAGUCAUCUGCAUGAUGCAGGUCACAUCUGCGUUCUCAAAGAUGCUUCCAGGUGUGAAAGUCUGACUGAAAUAGCAAAUCUAACCUCUGCAGAUCAAUUUGAUGCAGCCCUGGCCAUUCAUCUUUAUAAAGGAGGCAGACAUCUGCAAGGUAGCAGAAUUCCUUUUGGAAUCAUCUUUGGAGGAACAGAUAUAAAUGAAGACAUCAGAAGUGAAGAGAAACAUCGGGUAAUGGGAGCAGUGCUAAGAGAAGCCAGGUUUGCGGUGGCUUUCACAACGAAGAUGAAGGAUCUGGCGGCAGCAGAAUGGCCUGACGCUAGGAAGAAAAUAUAUGUCCAAUAUCAAGGAAUCAGGACUACUCCCACUGAAACAUUUGACUGGUAUAGGUUUCUACAGAAUGCAGGCAUUCCUGCAGAUACAGAUGAGUUACGUGUAUUUCUCUUGAUCUGUGGACUUCGAAAAGUCAAAGACCCUCUGUAUUUAGUAGAUGAAUUCUCAGAUUGGCACAGAAAGGAGCCUAGUGUUCAUCUGGGCAUAAUUGGGCCUGCAGUUGAUCCACUUCUAACAAGUGAGAUUAAGGAGAAAAUCAAAAGGUCACCUGGAGUACAUUUAUUACAGGAGAUGCCACAGGAUGAUCUUCAUGCUGCUAUGAGAAGGUGCUUUGCUGUGGUGAACAGCUCCAUUUCAGAGGGGAUGUCUGCUGCAAUUCUGGAGGCAAUGGACUUGGAUAUUCCAGUGCUUGCAAGGAACAUUCCUGGAAAUGCAGCAAUAAUAAAACAUAAAGAUACAGGACUGCUAUUUUCAGAUCCCCAGGAGUUUGUUGCGCUGUCCAAGAGUUUGAUGAAUGACCCCAUUAUGGAAAGAGAAAUUGUAACAAGGGCCAAAGAGUAUGUGAAGAAACAUCACUCGUGGGAAUGUGAAAGAAAAGCCUAUCAGAAUCUUGUCCUAGGACUCCAGUGAACUGCCAGAUCCGCCAGUCUGUGUGGAGCACUUUAAUGAUGGAAAUGUAAUUAGAUUUGGGUUUCUCUGGGUUUCUUUUUGGAAGAGAUAGUAAGACAUGCAUUAUUAUUCUAUUCAAAUUCACCAACAUCACAGGAGUUGCCCGCUACUUCAGACUAUCAAAUUUAUCUAAUUCAACACCCUGUCUCUAGUGUACCAGUUCAUCACAGACUAGUAUCAUUUUGUAAGAUCACAUAGGAGAAAUAUACUCCUUGAACAAACACAUAUUUUUUGUGUAAAGCCCUCAGAAGGAGGAUGAUUUCUUGUAUACAGUGCAGCACUUCACCACCAAGAGCUUAUGUCAAACAUUGUUAUCAUGAUGUGUCUUAACAAAAUUCAGUAUAGAAUCACAGAAGCAUAGAAUGGCUUGGGUUGGAAGGGAAUAUAAGGACCAUCCCGGUCCAACCCCCUGCUGGGGGCAGGGUUGUCACUGACCAGAUGAGGCUUCCAGGUCCCCAUCUUCCCCAGCUUCUCUGGUCAGCCUGUACCAGUUCCUCACCAAUCUCCUCUUAAAAAAAUUCCACCUAAUAUCUAAUCUAAAUCUCCCCUCUUUUAGUUUAAAGCCAUUCCCCCAGCACCAGUUUUUCUUUCCAGUUAUACUGAUCUGAAUAUGUUUGAGUACGUGUGACAUGCACAUUGAAGUACAUAAAGCCAACACUCAUUAAAUAUACGGAGCACAAAAUUAUUAAGAUGAAAGCUCUUUCAGACUAAAAGACAGACAUAUCAAUCAAUAGAGAUAUUGAUGUAUAUAUUGAUGAACAAAGCAUUGAUGCUUAGGGAAAGCAAAAAAUAUAGGAAAUGUUUUUUACUUCCCUAAAGGUACCUGAAUUUCUUUCAGCUGAGCUGGUAGGGCUGAACAGUCACAUGUCUGCAUUUUCUCUUGAGUCCUGAUUGUAAUCAUGUAGGUUUGCACAGCACCCGAUGGCCAUACAUGGUUUCUCAUUCCAGAACUGCAUGGUUUUGUCCUCAGAUGUGCUUGCAGGCAGAAAUACUUUGUUACAUAAACUACCUCUUAAUUUGCCACCUUGGUUAUUUAUCUAUCUAUUUUCUAAAAGAUUUAUGAGAGCUAUAAAAAGGAAUGAAGGGACGGAAGAGGGGGGGGGGGGGGGGGGGGAAUAAGGUAUUUUUCAAUUUUGGAACUGUUCAUUCUCAUUUGUGGAUCUCAGGAUAUAUUUUAACACACUGCUGUAGGCUGUUUUAAAGGGAGACUUACCUAUACUUGAAGUCCACGCUAAUCUGUGAUUAUGGACAUAUCGUUGAUUCCAUUACUGGUCAUCGAAGAACUGGUAUUUAUAGAAGAAAAAGUGUCAUGCUUUCAAUUCUUACUGGAAAACUGUAUGCUUUGUAUAGAUUUGAUCCUGUCCCCAUGACUGUGAGUUUUCUAUUGAUCUGAAUGGCUAUUGUGUCUGACUUUUCCUUCUCAUAAUAGAGUUCAGUCUUUUAAGCUUUCCUCUGUAUUUUGGAUGUUUUGCAACCACUGGGAGAGUAAACAAGAAAGGAAUUUGAA